AUGAUACCUCCCGACGAAAUCCCCCCCCCAUCCCCCCACUAUACUACUAUACUACUAUGUAUACAGACAGGUACAAUACUGAAGACGAAGAAGAACAAGAAGAAGAACAAGAAGAAGAAAAAGAAGAAGAACAAGAAGAAGAAGAUACUGCAAUCAAUAAAUCCACUUACCACUUACCACUCACCACUUACCACUCACCACUCACCACUUGCCUCUUACCUCCUUAUCAUACUUACAUUCCUCAAAUUUCACCACAUCCCGGUAUCCUCUUUACUCCAGAAGAACUUCUCUUCAUAGAUUCAAUUGAUCAUAACCGACGCAAUUAACCUUUUCAAUUGCUAUACACAGACAAAGACCGUAUUGGCGGAGAGUAAUAAGAGUAAGACUUGCUCGGACUACCUACCUACCUACCUACCCACCUAGUACUAUACAUACAUGUACACUAUCAGUCAAUCAUAAAGCUCGGUCCCAAGUCGUCGCAAAAUACAAAUAUCGGUAUCGGUAUAUCCAUAGGAAUCUCCAUCUCAACAACUGAGCCCCACCACCCCUCGAAAUCAAGUACCUCAAGUUUCGCGAUAACCGCAUGGCUACUGUAGUCUGCUGCUUCCAGUAAGCCCGCGAAGUCUUCCAAAAUAAGAGGCACAUCCAAAUAUUUCUUCUCGCGAGACUCUCACCGUCACGUCAAAUCGCAAUGGCUGAGACCACGACGGCUGCGGCUGAAGAAGAAAGAAACUUCGUGGCUCACUUCAAAGAGCAGCAAAUCUCGCCCCCCGGUGAAAUCCAACAAAAUCCAAGGAAUGAAGGUUUGGGAGCAAGUUCGAGAAAUUUGAGUGUGCGAGACUUUGAGUUGGUGAGGACUUUAGGAACCGGCACAUUCGCUCGCGUCUGGCUUGUACGUCUUGCGAACCCCGCUGAAGAGGAUCGCGAUAAGGUUUUUGCGCUGAAGGUCUUGCGGAAAGUCGAGGUCAUCAAACUUAAACAAGUCGACCAUGUCAAUCACGAGCGUUCGGUUCUUUCAGAUGUUGCUGGACAUCCUUUUAUUACUACAUUAAUUACUUCUUUUUCUGAUCAUGAUUCACUGUAUAUGCUGCUUGACUACUGCCCUGGAGGUGAAGUUUUCUCCUAUCUACGAAAAGCCAAACGAUUCGACGAGAACACAGCUCGAUUUUAUGCUGCGGAAAUAGUUUUGAUUCUUGAAUUUUUACAUGAACGAGAAGGGGUUGCAUAUAGAGACAUGAAGCCGGAGAACCUGUUGUUGGAUGCUGAGGGACACAUAAAAUUGGUCGAUUUUGGAUUCGCAAAACGUUUGGGAAACAGAGAAACAUAUACUUUAUGUGGUACACCAGAGUAUCUUGCGCCAGAGGUUAUUCAAUCGAAAGGCCAUACGACGGCCGUCGACUGGUGGGCUUUGGGUAUAUUGAUAUAUGAAUUCCUCACAGGAUAUCCACCCUUUUGGCAUUCGAACCCAAUAGAGAUUUACAAACAAAUUGUUAGCAAGCCAGUUUCUUUCCCUGCCGAACCUGCCAUUUCACCCGCGGCAAAAGAUAUCAUUCGCCAAUUCUGCACGCUCGAUCGAUCACAUCGUCUCGGAAAUAUAUCUGGUGGCGCUGCACGGGUUAAAGAUCACCCUUUUUUUCAAGGAGUGAUCUGGGAAGAUGUAUAUUACAGAAAAUACCGUGGUCCAAUUAUACCCCCUUUGAGAUAUCCAGGCGAUGCUCAAAAUUUCGAUUUAUAUCCCGAUGAAAAAGAAGGAAGAGAACCAUACACUGAGGAGCUCGCAGCAAAAUACGAUGAUUGUUUCAGGGGGUUUUAGAUUAUAACUCAAAUGUGGAUUCAUUGGCGAAUGUUGGGACGAGGAUGGGAUUGGUGUACGGCUGGCUGUAUCAAUGGAUUGGUUUGCAGGUUUUAGAUACUGCAAAUGGCGUUCUUCGGGUACGAUAAUGGGUCGGUUAAAGAGAGGUCGGUUGCAGAGAUCAGGGGAACAUGUCAUGAUAUCGCUUGUACACUUUCUUGUGGAGAUGGGAUGAGAUAGCGGGUAUAUAUGGGCGAGUUUUUGCAAACUUUACCUUUUAGGGUUAUAAAAGCUAAGACAUUACCAAUUGGAUUCUUGAUUAUUUCCAUAUUAAAUGUGGAUCUUUCCGAGUUGCGUUGAAAAAUUUAUCCGUAUCUGGAACCGAAGCUCUAAGCGAUAUGAUACUUGCUGUCU